CCGUUGUGGGGCGGCGCGCGCAUGGCCAAGUUCGUGGUGGCGGGUAGGGCAAACUGCCCUUACUAUGCCAAAGCUGAACACCUGGCUGACUAUCUCCAGGCUGCCUUGCCCAACUUCAGGGUUCACAAGAUCACUCAGCACCCUGACAAGUGGGAGCAGUGGCUUCGAGACAUUUGUGAAACGAAUGGAUGGGAACACAGACAGUCUCCUAUCAUUUGGAGAGAACUGUUGGACCGUGGAGGGAAAGGUCAGCUUCUGGGAGGACUUAAUGACUUUCUGGAAUAUGCUCAGCAAUAUUAUGGCAUCACUUCAAUGAUGUUGAGUGAGGAAAUGUUAGACAUUGCUGAGGAGAACCUGCAGACUCAUCUUGAAAUUGUAAAAGAGGAUGAAGAGAUUAAAAGUCUUAUCAAGCCUAUGCAGAUCUGGAUCACCAGUGCAUCAGCUCCAAUCUGUUAUCAACUGAUCCCUCUGUUGGCAAAUGGAGAAGUGUUUGGGAUGACCACAGAAAUCAGUAUCCAUUUGCUUGACACUGGCCAGUUUAAGGAAGUUCUUUGCGGUAUUGUGAUGGAAGCCGAAGACAUGGCAUUCCCACUUCUCCGCAGUAUUUUGGAGCACACUGAAAUAGAUGAGGCUUUUAUUGAAGCUGAUGUUAUUAUUGUUCUUGAUGAUGUCCUCUUAAACCUUGAAGUCCAGUCCCUUGAGAACUACAUCAGAGAAGUGAGUGAGAUCUGUCAAGUGUAUGCUCCCUUGAUUGAGAAGAAUGCCAAGAGUGAGGUCAGAGUAAUUUCAUCAGGAAAAACCUUUGCAAACCUUAAGGCGAUGCUGAUUAUGACAUACGGCCCUUCCAUUAAGCCUGAAAAUAUCAUUGCCGUUGCAACAUCCUGGGAAAGUGCAGCUAAAGCCAUGCUGGCCAGGAAGCUGAAUAUGAGCACAGCAGGAGUUAAAGACGUGAUUGUUUGGGGCAGUACUACUGGCUCUAACUACAUUGAUUUGUCACAUGCAAAACUUUAUGGAUAUGACUGUGCUAUUUGGGGCCCAGCUAAUUUUCAACGUCCUUUGUUGAAUAUGAUUUAUGACAGGGAAUGGAUCCAUUCAGAAUUUCUAUCUGCGCAGGGUUCACUGCAUUCCCGAGUCGGUCGUUGCACAGGGAUGUUACCUGCUCACGCAGUGGCCACUGUACUGCAGUACUGGUAUCACGGCUCUCCUCCUGGGGAGAUUGUUUCUGUGGGAGUACUUAGUGAAGGUCAGUUUUGCGUUCCCGAAGGAAUUAUCUUCUCUAUGCCAGUGAGGUUCCAGAAUGGUAACUGGGAAGUCAUAAAAGAAUUAGAAAUUGAUGGAACGACCCAAGAAGUUCUGGGACGCUUAGCCCAUGAGCUAAUUCAGGAAAAACUCGUUGCACUGAAGGAAAUAAAAGAAAUACUUCCAUAUGGAGAAGGCUAAAAACCCCACAUCUUUUCCCAAGCUUUUCGUACCUACUUUGAUUUUCAAGUUCUCUGUCCUCAUUCAUCAAAAUAAGAGCAGAUGAAUUUAAAAGCAUAUUUUUGUCCUGUUUUUUCACCUUUUCCUUAUUCUCAGGUUCUGAAAUCUCUGCCAUUUUUCAAUGUUCUAGCCAUUGCUUUCUGCUUUUCAGUCCUACAGGCCUUUUUUCUAGUUAGUUUUCUUUCUCUCUUCCUUCAAAUUCUUUCCAGUACUUUUUUAUCAGCCCUUACCAUACUAUGAGCUGUUCUUCUCCACUAAGGGCAGGCUGAAGAAUGGGGAAAUUAUUUGGAGCUUGAUGCCCAGAGCCUGUAGUGAGCACAUAAGCCUUUUGGUUAUCCAUGCUUUUUUCUUGAGAAAGAACUACAGACACAAUAAGAUAUUCUUGAUAAUACAGAGUUUAAUUAUUUGGCUAAUCAUGACCUUGUUUAACGCAGACAGGAGAUUCCCAAUUAGAUGAGUGUCCUUCCUUGUCUGCUCCCUAUGUGUAUGGCACUGCUCUUCUGUAGAGUUGCCCUAUUUCUCUUGUGGCUGUGUUAAACACUAAGCAGAGGCCUUCCCACUGCUAGCAGCUAUCUGCUUAGUUGUGGCCUUCUCUUGUGACAUCAGUAUCGGGUGUUCAAAUAUUCCCAAAGUGCCCUGCUGAUCUCUGGAUGUGUAGGCAUUUUAGAAGGCUGGCAAAAAAUAUGUGAUGUUUUUGCUUUUAUUUACAGAAAUGGAAACCUUGCCUACUGGGUCACUUUAGCCAGAGUUGUCAGGAGGACAAAUCUGGUCACUUUACUACUGGGGCACUUGAGUCAAAGUUGUCUGGAGGAAAAAUGCUGGAAAUUCCCAUACAAAAAUAAGACUUUCAUUGCUCCAAAGAGCAAACUACAAAAAACGUUUAAACAUUGUCAUUGCUGUAUCUUCCUCAUUUAAAAACCAGGAAAUCUCUAGGCAGAAAAGUAUUUCAGAACAAGAAUGAAUGAAACAUUCUUAAUCUGAAGACCAAAAUAAAAUUCCGACUGAUUCUAAUGAGUCUAGGAUUUCGUUUGCAUCCAACAACUUAUUUCUUCAGAUCAAUAAACUGUUGCAAAAACAUAGUUUAUUGUCUAAAACGUUCAUAUUAUAAAAAUAUUGAGCAGGACCGUCACACCUAGAGCAGUGGUUUUCUAACUCCAAAUACUUAUUUUGAAUGUAUUGAAACACAGGACUUGUGUAAUAACAUACAUUCUUAGGCAAAAUUGAUUUUUAACAUGAAAAUAUAAGCCCAUCUCCUUAGAGACAAGAUAAUUUUUGUCUCCAGGGUUUUUUUUUAUUUAUCUCAUGAGUUUCAAGGGAAUAUUCAUAUGUUUUAAGUCAAACAUGCAAUUAAUUAAGUCCUUGUCUAAACAGAACUAUUGAGGAACCACUUUCACUUGUAUGUCUUUGGAGUCUUAAAAAAGGCAGACUGUGUUAAAUGAAAUGUUUGGAAAUCAAUUGGUAUUUUAUGUACCUUUUCCUUUCCUUCCACCUUUUCAUCUAGUCUUUUUGCUGAUAGCUGUGGAACCUCCUCAUUCACUGCUGGUGGCACAACAUCAGGUUGAAACUUCUGAGCUUUUACUUUCAGUCUUGGUUCAUUGAACAUCUGUUACUGUACUUGCUGAUUUUAUCAGUUAUGUUUAAAGAAAAAUAAAAAGCUUCCUGUUCUUUGAAUCAGAUACAUAUAGUUGGAAUAAAUUAUUUUUUCUAUUCAAGUGGAGGUUCAAGCUCUGAACAGGACUAGACUUCUUAUAUGAGGAAACCAAGAGGAGUGUAUGUUAUAUAUAGGAGGAGUUCACAUGGAAAUUUUAGAGGCAGGUGUAGUAGAAAGUCUUGAAGAAAGGGGUAGGAAUCAUUGAUUUCAUGAGGAAAUGAUCUCCACAGUAUUAGUUUCUAGUAUAUGUGCAGAAAAUUGGCUGAGUUUCCGAGGAGCAUCUGGAGGUAGAAGUCUCAGGAGAGCAUAGUGGGGUGCUACCACUAGUCAUUACAAACUACCUGGUUUGUUCCAUAGCUCCUUCUCCAAGACAGGAGAGGAAAAGUUAUCUUCUCUAAUGUGUAUUUACAUUUGGGGUUUUUUUCUAUAUGGACUAUGAUGUGGCAAUCUUUUACUCUUUGAAUUCUUUUAUUCUGCCUGUGGAGAUAGUAGUUCAAACAAACUGCAAUUCAAGCACCAACACUGCACAACUGCUAAUGAGAAGGAAUAUAACUGUUUCUGCAAUAUAUAAACAGGCUUAUCAGACUUCUGAGUCACUAGCUAGAAAGCUUUUUUUCUCUGAGGCUAGGAGGUGAAUGAAAAAAAUGUUUGGGAUGUCUCUUGUAUCCUAAACUACUGUAACUGGAUUUGCCUAGUGGCCUGCAGGGAAAUUCAUGUCUUCUCUUGUGGAAACAUAACAGAAUGGAAAAGUUUCUUUUCCUAGCUUUGCUUGGGAGAGAAAGACAAAAAUUUAAAUAGUAGGAAAGCUAAAAUAUGGUAACAUAUUCAAAGUUGAUUACAGUUGUAGCACAGCAGUUGACUCAGUCAUCACUAAGUUUGGGUUUUCUAUAAGUAACAAGCAAUUUCCAGUAUACAUUUUCUCACAAGUUACCAAGUAAUGUUAUAUAUGCAGGAUAUUCAUAGCACUGAUGGCUCCUACUACCUGGGUAUUAGAGUAGCUGUUGAAAUAUUUAUGAAAAAGGGCUUUGAGCUAAACGUAUGUGUCUUAUAAAUGUUAUAUAUAUUCUGCAUAAACCUUUGCAUUUGGGUGUUGUGAAGACUGUGUUAGCUUUCUGGUUGGUCUGAACAAUCCUUAUUCUAGGACAUUACCACUAGGGCUUACUAUUUUACUUCUUUGUGUAGCUGCACCAACCGUUUGUUACAGCACACUGUACUUUCUGCAUUACUGUGCCAGCUUCCACCUCAUUUUCAGUCUCUAUAGCAACAUGUUUCUCAGCAACUGGGAGAUGCUUAGUAAAGGCCCCUCAGUUUAGAAAUAUUGCACUCCAACCUUAAGAAAAUGCUUUGAAACAAAGAUCAAAGAAGUUUUAUCUUUAAUAAUUCAGGAUAUUUAUUACUAUUUAAUUAGUGUUCUGUGUUUUGACUGCUUAGACAAUUACCUGAUACUUUGAUCUGGGCCUUUGCCAGGCAUUUGUUGUGAGCAGCAUUAAUUUAAAAGCAAAACCUUUAGAACUGUGUCUUGAAGUCAACUUUUAAGUGCUAUAAAACUACUGGACUCCUCUGGCAGUGUCGUCUGACUUCUGGGCCUUUAGUAAGUAACGAGAGAAAGGUAAGAGCAGCUACUGUGUUUAAGAGGAGACAAUAAUUUUGGCCUUUGAACAAAACAUAGAAUGUGUUCACCCUUCACAGGAAACAAAAGUAACUGUAGGUUAUUUUAUGCAUAUUUAAAAUGUUGAUCAUAUGUUGCCCCAUUUCAAAAGAAAAAAUUCUCUGUGAUCAAGUCAUUGAUCUGUUGGGAGAUUUCUGCCUUAACUUCGUGUGGCUUGUCUUUCUCUGUACUGUAAUUUAAUCAUGCAGCAUGUUUAAAAGUGCAUUUUAUUUGCUAAAGUUCAUAUUCUGAGAACCUGUAAGGCAAAUAAAGUACAUAUAAGUAAUCAAACAUUACUUUUCUUUCACAUUCCAAUAGGUUUCCAAAAAAAGCUGCUCUUGUUCUGCACAUAAGAGUAUUCUUGUUAAUGGGGCUAAGAUUUAUAAUUGUAAAAAUUUAUUUCCUGUACAUUUGUAUGUAAUUUUAAUUUUCUUGUUUGUUUUCUGUAAGUGUUUUUCAUUAUUAAAAGGCACAAGUAGCUGAAAUAUAA